CAGAUCACAACUUGUAGUUCAAUACCUUAGGAAAGGUUUCAGUGAUGUCCAAAAAUAUGGAUUAGAUUUUAUUUAUUUUAACAGGCACUUAACAAGCACUUACUAGCCACUUUGUAAAAAUUAACUCAUUAGAUUCCUAUGAUAAUAAUCCUACGAGGUAAACACUAUUAUUACCCCUAUUUUACAGUUAAGGAAGCAGAGGUACAUAACUUGCCCAAGACUUAAGAUAGUGAGUAGGAGAACUAGGAUUCUAAUGUAGACAUUUUGGUUCCAGAAUCCAUGUUCAUAACCACUAUGCAAUGCUGUCUCCUAGGUAUAAGAUGUCCGUUCUUGGUAUUUAUAUAUUACUAUUUACCUGUGCAUACAUUCUGGCAUAUUUUAAUUACUUGCCUGACAAAUUUUCUAGACUGUGAGCUCCAUAAAGAUGCACAUAUGUAUUUUUAAAAAUAUACAAGUGAAAAAAGCAAUGACAUUACUAACUAUAAUCGACUGAAAUCUAUAAGUGUUUACAAGCGUGUAGGGGAGGAUAUAUUUGCAAUUACUCAAUAAAUGGCCUGAAUAAAAUAUCAUUUCUUCAGUUCAGGACAUUUUAAUGGUUCCUCUUGUUGGGCAUUCAAAACAGUGAUAAUUCAGUGCACUUCAUGAACCUUGUUUAAAUACUGAUUCGAACAAACCAACAGUAAAACAUAUUUUGGAGGAAAAUGUGUAAAAACAAACACAGAUUGACUAUAAAUUAUAUUAAGCUACCAGCACUAAAUUUGUAGAUUGUGAUAGUGGUAUAGUAUAUAUUUUUAAAGUCGUUAUCUAUUACAGAUACUUAGUGAAGUAUUUAGAGGUAAAAAUACGUGAUGUCUGGGAUUUGCUUUAAAAUACUCCAGAUGAAUUUAUGAAUUACUUGUUCAAAGAGAAAAAAAAAAUUCUACUGAAAAAAUUCAUAGAGACACAUGGUGGCGCUGCAGGAUAAGAUGAAAAGAGUGCUUCUACAACACUGUGGGCUCCAUUAUUCACGGAAACAGAGAACAUCCAACCCACUGAAAAGAGAGGUAUUAAGGAGCUUCACCUACAGACCUGCUGGAGGUUUAUAUACUCUCUAGAAGUUUCCAACUAAAAAGAGAAUCAGAGCCUCAGCUUGCAAAAUUAGAGCUGAACUUAAAUUUUUCUACAAAAGAGGUUUCUUGAAGAAACCAUGGAGGUCAGAGGGGCACUCGUUCUGCGGAAAAGGCAAGUUCUGUUUAUCUUUGUUUUACUGGGAUUGUCUCAGGCAGGUCCUGAGUCUGUGCGCUAUUCUGUGGCAGAGGAAACAGAAAUUGGCUCUUUUGUGGCCAAUCUGGCAAGGGAUCUGGGGCUUGGGGUGGAGGAGCUCUCUUCUCGGGAGGCGCGGGUAGUGUGUGAUGAUAAUGAAAAGCAUUUGCACCUCGAUUUGCUGACCGGGGAUUUGCUCGUAAAUGAGAAACUGGACCGGGAAGAGCUGUGUGACUCCACGGAGCCCUGUGUUCUGCAUUUUCAGAUGGUACUGGAAAACCCUUUACAGUUUUUUCGGGCUGAGCUGCAUAUCAAAGAUAUAAAUGAUCACUCCCCUACAUUUCUUGACAAGGAAAUAGUUAUUAAAAUAUCAGAGAGUACCAUUAUUGGAACCACAUUCCUAAUGGAGAGUGCCCAAGAUUUGGAUGUAGGAAGCAACAGUCUCCAAAACUACACAGUUAGCCCGAAUUCUCAUUUCCACAUUAAAAUUCAAGACAGUGGUGAUGGAAAGAUAUACCCUGAACUAGUCCUGCACAGAGCGUUGGACCAUGAGGAGGAGCCUGAGCUCAGAUUAACACUCAUAGCACUGGAUGGUGGAUCCCCGCCCAGGUCUGGGACAACUUUGGUCCUCGUCAAGGUCUUGGACAUCAAUGACAAUGCCCCAGAGUUUCCUCAGAGGCUCUACGAGGUGCAGGUCCUGGAGGACACACCUGUUGGCUCUUGGAUUAUCACCAUCUCUGCUAAGGAUUUGGAUGCAGGAAACUAUGGGAAAAUAUCUUACACAUUUUUUCACGCAUCAGAAGAUAUUCGUAAAACAUUUGAAAUCAAUCCACUAUCUGGGGAAGUUCAUUUGCGAUCACACUUGGACUUUGAAGCAAUACAGUCACACAUUAUAAAUAUUCAGGCAACAGAUGGUGGGGGUCUUUCGGAAGAAUGCACUCUUCUGGUUAAAGUAAUAGAUAUAAAUGACAAUCCACCAGAAGUGACCAUGUCAUCAAUUACAAAGAUAAUUCCAGAGAACGCCUCAGAGACCCUUGUGGCUCUUUUUAGUGUCCGAGACCAAGACGCUGGGGAAAAUGGGAGGAUCGUUUGCUCUAUUCAAGAUGACCUCCCAUUUUUUCUGAAACAGACCUUCAAGAACUUUUUCACUCUAGUUGCAGAAAAAGCACUGGACAGAGAGGAAAGAGCCGAGUACAACAUCACCAUCACCGUCACUGACAUGGGAACCCCCAGGCUGAAAACCGAGCACAACAUAACCGUGCUGGUGUCCGACGUCAACGACAACGCCCCCGCCUUCACCCAGACCUCCUACACCCUGUCCGUCCGCGAGAACAACAGUCCCGCCCUGCACAUCGGCAGCGUCCGCGCCACAGACAGAGACGCGGGCGCCAACGCCCAGGUCACCUACUCGCUGCUGCCGCCCCUCGACGCGCACGUGCCCCUGGCCUCCCUGGUGUCCAUCAACCCGGACAACGGCCACCUGUUCGCCCUGAGGUCCCUGGACUACGAGGCCCUGCGGGCGUUCGAGUUCCGCGUGGGCGCCGCCGACCGCGGCUCGCCCGCGCUCAGCAGCCAGGCGCUGGUGCGCGUGCUCGUGGCGGACGACAACGACAACGCGCCCUACGUGCUGUACCCGCUGCAGAACGCCUCGGCGCCCUGCACCGAGCUGGUGCCCAGGGCGGCCGAGGCGGGCUACCUGGUGACCAAGGUGGUGGCGGUGGACGGCGACUCGGGCCAGAACGCCUGGCUGUCGUACCAGCUGCUCAAGGCCACGGAGCCCGGGCUGUUCGGCGUGUGGGCGCACAACGGCGAGGUGCGCACGGCCCGGCUGCUGAGCGAGCGCGACGCGGCCAAGCACAGGCUGGUGGUGCUGGUCAAGGACAACGGCGAGCCGCCGCUCUCGGCCAGCGUCACGCUGCACGUGCUGCUGGUGGACGGCUUCUCGCAGCCCUACCUGCCGGCCCCGGAAGCGGAAGCGGCGGACGCGGCCCCGGCCGCCCCGCUCACCGUCUACCUGGUGGUGGCCUUGGCGUCGGUGUCGUCGCUCUUCGUCUUCUCGGUGCUGGUGUUCGUCGCGGUGCGGCUGUGCAGGAGGGGCGGGGCGGCCUCGGUGGGUCGCUGCUCGGUGCCCGAGGGCCCCUUUCCGGGCCACCUGGUGGACGUCAGCGGCACGGGGACCCUGUCCCAGAGCUACCAGUACGAGGUGUGUCUCAUGGGAGGUACUGGGACGAAUGAGUUUAAAUUUCUGAAGCCGAUUAUCCCUAAUCUUCCAGUCCAAGACACCGGUAGGCAUAUAGGAGAAAAUGAGAACUUUAGGAAUAGCUUUGGAUUCAACAUUCAAUAAAAUAAUUUACUUUAAACUUCUAAUAUUUUGUCAUUCUUGGCAAACUGUGGAUCCAUUUUGUCAAUCUGUAAUAGAUUUUACGUUGGACGGUAGUUGCAUGCAUUAUCAUUCCUCAUGUUCUCCUCACAGUUGCUUUAAAAAUCUUUAUUUGUGGCUAUAAUGACGUGGAAAAAUAAUCUGUGUUCUGCUUUUUCAUAUAUUUGGUCAAAAUGUCAUAUUAAUGGAGUUAUUGCUAAUUUUUUGUUCUGAUAAUGGCAUAGUUAUGCAAGACGAUGUUAUUAUUUGGAGGUGCAAACUCAAGUAUUAAGAGCAAAUGCCACAAUGUAUGUAAUUUACUUCUAGACAUUUCAUCAAAGCAUAGAUACAGCAAAAAUUAAAAAUGCUGUUGUAGAGAACGGACUUAAGGAUAUGGGGAGGGGAAGGGUGAGCUGUGACAAAGCGAGAGAGAAGCAUGGACAUAUAUACACUACCAAACAUAAGGCAGAUAGCUAGUGAGAAGCAGCCGCAUAGCACAGGGAGAUCAGCUCGGUGCUUUGUGACC